AUGCUCAUGGCUACUCGUUCUGAUGCAGAUGACUUCCGCAGGCGAUUUCGUAUGCGUCGUAACCUCUUUGAGCUCAUUACCAUUGCCCUGGUUGAGGAUGAAGAGUGCAGCUACUUCGUCCAGCGUAGUGACGCAACUGGACGUGCUGGUUUCCUACCAGAACAGAAGGUGACGUGUGCUUUACGGAUGUUGGCAUAUGGAGCAUCAGCAGAUCAAUUAGAUGAGUUGAUUCGUAUGGCUGAGUCCACAGUGUUGGAGACCUUAAAGCUGUUCUGCAAAAAUAUUAUCCGAUUAUUUGGUCCAGAGUAUCUUCGAAAGCCGACCAAGGAUGACUUGAAAAUACUUCUUGCCGAGAAUGCUGAACGCGGAUUUCCGGGUAUGAUUGGUAGCUUGGACUGUAUGCACUGGACAUGGAAGAAUUGUCCAACGGCAUGGCAAGGAGCUUUUCAGGGAAAAGAGAAGUGUUCGACGGUGAUCUUGGAAGCCGUGGCUUCUAAGUCGUUAUGGAUUUGGCAUGCAUUCUAUGGCAUGCCUGGCGCCAACAAUGAUUUGAAUGUACUCGAGCGUUCACCUUUGUUGAAUGACCUGGUAAACGGUGUUGCUCCCAGGAUUUCCUUCACUGUGAAUGGUGCGACGUACAAUCAGGGAUACUAUCUUACAGAUGGAAUUUAUCCUGCCUGGGCAAUUUUCCAAUCCAGUAUCAGUGCGCCCCAAGGCAACAAGCGUAGAUGUUACGCUGCCCAGCAGGAAGCCGCUCGCAAAGACGUUGAACGCACAUUUGGAGUAUUACAACAACGCUUUCGAAUUCUUGCCCUGCCCUGUAAACUAUGGAGUGUCGAUGCAAUGAAUGAUGUAAUGCUAGCAUGCAUCAUCCUCCAUAACAUGAUUGUGGAAGACGAGCAGCGAAUUACCUCGCUAAAUCAUCAGUACCUGUUUGAAGAUGAAUGGGUCAGCCCGGCAGAAGUUGGUGUACCGGAUGAGUGCCCAGUCGCAAUGAUAGCAAACGCGAUGCAAGUGCUUGAAGACGAAGAGCUUCACUAUGAAUUAAAAACGGAUUUGAUCGAACACGUAUGGCAGUGCUACGGUGAUCUCGGCUAGCAAAAC